CUCCCGCCUCUCCCAUCCCCCCGUCGCAUCCCACACACGCUCACUCAUCAUGGCGCCGCACACCGCCACCUGCUCUGCGCCCGUCAACAUUGCCGUCGUCAAGUACUGGGGCAAGCGCGACGUGCCGCUCAUCCUGCCCACCAACGACUCGCUCUCCGUGACGCUGGACCAGGACCACCUGCGCAGCCUCACCUCGGCCGCCGCAGACCAGGCCUGGCCCGCCGGCGACCGCCUCUGGCUCAACGGCGUCGAGGAGAGCAUCGGCGAGUCGGGCCGCCUGCGCACCUGCAUCGACGAGCUGCGCCGCGAGCGCCGCGCCCUCGAGGAGAAGGACAGCAGCCUGCCCAAGCUCUCCACCUUCCCGCUGCGCAUCUGCAGCGAGAACAACUUCCCGACCGCUGCCGGCCUGGCGUCGUCGGCGUCGGGCUUCGCCGCGCUCGUCUCGUCCGUCUCGACGCUCUUUGAGCUGUCGUCGAGCGUGUCCGUGUCUGAGCUGUCGCGCAUUGCACGGCAGGGCUCCGGCUCGGCGUGCCGCAGUCUCUUCGGCGGCUUUGUGGCGUGGCAGGGCGGCGAGGCCGCCGACGGCUCGGACAGCCUGGCCGUCGAGGUGGCGCCGCGCGAGCACUGGCCCGAGCUGCAGGCGCUCAUCUGCGUCGUCUCGGACGCCAAGAAGGGCACGCCCUCCACCGCCGGCAUGCAGCGCUCCGUCGCCACGUCGCCGCUGCUCGCGGCGCGCAUUGCCAACGUCGUGCCGCAGCGCAUGGACACGAUGCGCAAGGCCAUUGCCGCACGCGACUUUGAGAGCUUCGCCGACGCCACGAUGCAGGACUCGAACAACUUCCACGCCUGCUGCCUCGACACGAGCCCGCCCAUCUUCUACAUGAACGACGUCUCGCGCGCCAUCGUCGCGCUCGUCGAGGAGCUCAACCGCGCCAGCCGCGCGGCCGGCAGCGGCGCCGUUGCUGCGUACACGUACGACGCUGGGCCGAACGCCGUGCUGUACGCGCCCAAGCAGAACGUGCCGCUCAUCCUGCAGCUCGUGCGCCACUACUUCCCCAAUGCCGACUUUGACGACACGUUCAACCUCCUCGGCGCCGGCGCCAACGCGUCGCACCGCGGCGCACAAGAAGCACAGCCGCUGCCCGAGGCCCUGCCGCAGGGCUUCAACGCCGCCGUCAUUCCCGUGCACGAGGCGGGCGCCGUGCGCCGCCUGAUCCACACGCAGGUCGGUGACGGCCCGCGCGUGCUGCCGGCGAGCGAGUGCCUGCUCAACGAGCAGGGCGAGCCGAUCCGGCUGCAGCGGACGAAGCGCGCUUAGAUGCGAGAGUCGCUGAUGCGCCUGGGCAUCGUGACGAAGCAGGAUAUCCCGCGUGCUGCCAAUGCCAAUGCGUUCUCUGUUCUCGCCCGCACCCAUGGCCCACACGCUAGACUCGUGCACUCCCCCCGUCUCGCAAUCCCGGCCGCACACCCACUGCACACGAGCAACGCUGGCUGGCAGGUGAGAUUUUCGUCAGGUCGCGCCGGCAGCGCCGGC